GCGUUUCCACGUUUCAGCAACCGGUUACACAGCGGUGGAUAGCGAGGCAAGCGGAUGCUGAUAGAGGAGUCACAUUUAAUCCCAAACCCGGUGUCUCUGACUUACUGCCAAACGCUGACUGACAGGUCCUCUCACCCGUGUCCCCUCCACGGCCUCAUUUCCCACGCUGAUAAAACAGCAAACGACUUGAAGUCACAAAAGUAAACCAGAACCCGCUGAGACCGACGGAGUGGACUCCUUCCUGCGGCGCGUCCGUCCUCUCUUAGGCCAAAAUCACGUUUCCUCAGAGCUGCGUUACAGAGAGGAGAUAAUCUUCCCGCACACUCCCGCAUCUCUCCCUGUCUGUAGCCAACUCCUUUUGCUGCGCCCGAGAUCAUGGCGGAGUACAGCUCUCUGCUCAGCGACCUUUCUGAAAACAUCACCAAUGAGGACUUGGAGCAGCUCAAGUCAGCCUGCAAGGAGGACAUUCCUGAAGACCAGAGCAACAACAUCACUUCCUCAAAGGAGUGGUUUAGUUACCUGGAGAAGAACGACAAGCUGUCCCAAGAUAACCUGUCCUACAUUGAGCACAUCUUUGAGAUUUCGCGGCGACCGGAUCUGCUGACGAGGGUGAUCGAAUACCGCACCACCGUGCUCAAGAUCUCUGAGGAUGAUGAGAUCGACACCAAGCUCACACGCAUCCCUUCGGCCAAGAAGUACAAAGACAUCAUCCGCCAGCCCUCUGAAGAUGAGAUCAUCAAGUUGGCCCCUCCCCCCAAGAAAGUGUGAGGUUGCAACCUGCCACCUUGAUCUUUGCACCUUGAAUUCUUAACUCCUGGCACACCAAUCAACCAACCUACUGUUUCUGACCAACCCCAUCACUCUUCAACCUGACCCUCUCACACCCACUGCGCACACACACACACACACACACACACACACACACACACACACACACACACACGUAUACAUAUAUACACGCACAUUCAGCCACAGCCCCCUUUCCUCACAUUAACACAUGCAAUGACACAGAACCAUGCAGGUAGCCGCCUACGAAGUAACCAAUCAGAUCGUAGCGAUGCAGCCACUUCCUAAACAGACAAGUUGGAAAGCUGCAGGGAAAAGGCAUUAGAAGAAGGGAUCUGGAGACUGGUCGACAGUGUGUGUGUGUGUGUGCGCACGUGGGGAGGGGUGGGGGAGAGAGCCAAAGUUUACCAUCAAUUCAAAUGCUGAGUGGGUCAAUUCAGAAUGAGUUUCAUCUGUAAACACUGUUCAAUCUGUGAUGCUGUCUGUGCAUGUGUGUGUGUCUGUCAGUCAAGGUUAAAACAAAGACUACACCCACCUGUGCAGAAUUCGAACUUAUAAAACCUGCCUUCAAAACUUAACUGUGUCAGAAAUUCUGAAAACCGUCAGAAAGGUGAAAGAUAAACGGUUAAUCUGUGUAAACAUUGUGUGUACACUGUAUGACUAACAAUUCAGCAGUGCUUUUUAAAUUCAUCAAUGUGCAGAAUAGACUAAAAUGUGAAAACUGACAGACUAAAAAUACUAUCUAGAGAUGAGAUGAAACUAAAAUGUAACUGGCUUGAUCAGAAACAAAACUGAACUAAAGUCGGUAAUUAGUAAAAAGGAGCAAACGAAAUCUCACACAUGAUUGUGAUUCAUUUCUAUGACAGUGCUUGAUUUAGUGUGUAGCUCCAUAUUUGUUUAGGCGUGUUUGAAAUGUGAAAUGAGUAUGUUGACAUUUUGGGAAAUAGGCUUAUUUGCUGAUACCACACUCGCAUCUGUUGUUUGAAUACGAAGCUGCAGCUAGCAGUAGUUUAGCUUUAGCAUAAAGAUGGAAAAGAGAGGGAAACGUCUAGCCUAGUGUAGCAUGUUAUUUGCUACUCUUUGUUGUUUUAAACUGUUUACAUUAAUGAGACUUAUUGUGUGAGUUAGAUUUAGAGGAGCUGGUUGGCACAUUUUGUUACCUUUGGACAGAGCCAAGAUAGCCAGGGUUUCCAGUUUUCAUGAUAAGUUAGGCCUCUUCUGGAGGUUGCUUUAUAUUUAUAGUACAAACAUGAGUGAUAUCAAAAAGCAAAUAAGUGUAUUUUCCCCUUAUACUGUAGUUCAUCAAAAACAAAUAGCAUAACUGAGUUACCUGUUGCCAUGAAGUGGCUGUAUUUGAAACAAAACUUUAGGUCAAAAUGACGGGAUGCUCACUAUUCCUCAGCUGGAGGCUCUGUAAACAUUCCCUUUACUCUUAAACAGAUAAUUAUAUCAUGUUUCAACCACAAUAAAAUCUAAUAUUUUAGCAGAAGCUAUUUAAAGUAGACAUUCUUAAGAAAAGCCAAUAUUUGCCUUUAUCUUAUAGACAGUUAUUUUCAGAAGCUAUUUAGAUGGAUUAGAUGAGUUAUUUCUAUACUAUGGAUGUUCUGUCUCCAUAGGUUUUCUUUUCUUCAAGGGGACCAGUUAGUGUGAAAGUCUGUUGUAUGAGCUUGGUUGGAGAUGUAAAUAUACAAAUAAUAUAUUACAGGAAAAUAAAGCAGAAAUAAUAUAUGACCUGCAGUGUGUGUGUCCUAUAGAGGACACGGUUUCCCACAGUAAAUUUCACUAUUUCUUGUUUUGCGACUAAAGACUUUCACUCUAAUUUUGUCUGAUUUGAACAAACUGAAAUGAAAAACGUGUGAGUGCUAAAGCGCAUCUACUUCGGGCUACAAUGGAGAAUAUAAAAGUACAUUUUGAGAGGAUAUUGCAUAAUUACAGUAUAAACAUGUUGCAUGGUGCAUAAAGAGAAACCAAGCUUUCUCUUACUAGUUUGUUGCCAUUUCAUGUGUUGUACAGAAAAUAACUGAUGAGUAUGUAAUUUUCUCUUUGAAAGAAAGAUGAAUUAUGGCAUCUGGAAAUAAAAAAAGUCCAAGGAGAAAGAGAAUAUCGGAAAGAAAACAUGGCAUGCGAUAACAAACCAUGUCCUUUAAUAAAGUGUACAUUCAGUAAAGUUAAGGAUUCUAAAUCACACAGUGGCUCAUAACCUUCUGACUAUGCCAUUCUCUCCAUGCACCUAAUCGCUAGCAAGACUGUUGAAACUAAACUCUUUAAACACUGUGUCUCUUUUUUUCCCCUGCAACAAAGCCUUAGCAGACUUUGUGUUUACCCCAGAAUUUUUCAGAACUGUGAGAGGCUGUGUGUGAAGCAGAGACAGAUGCCGGCACACGCGUCAAGUUAAUCAAAACAACUCUCACUUUUAAAGAGAGUGAUGCUACUUGUAUUCUGAAAUUUGCUAAGGACUUCCGUGUUGGUGUUUGUGGGUCUGUUUCUGCCCGUCUUUGUUGUUCUGUUGGAAAACUGUAGGCCCAAAAAAAAAAA